AGCACGGCGAAGUGCCAGGAAACGAGGGAGCGGACCACCUGGAUCAGGUCCCAACCUAGGGCCGCACAGUGAUCUCUCACAUUCAUUGAAGGCUCACGAAGAUGUGAUUUGGAGACUCGCACUAUAGGUUACACACGCCGACAAACUUUCGGCCACGUGGCGACUAGCGGAGCACCGAGACCACUUGACAUGCCUUCCGUACGCCUCAAAAAGGCUUACUCAACACUCCCUCUCUCAUCAGCAGAGGCGGACAAUAGCCCCGUAGAAUCCAGCGGUCGUUCGGGCCAUCUGCAAACGCCUAAAAAAAACUUUGCAUCACUAUUUCGCCCUGGCUCUACUGAUGGCCUCCACAUUGCUCCCGCUGGACCCUCGCACUCCCGGCCUGGGCAAGCUUCCCUGGAGCCCAGCAACGCAGAUCGUCAUAUCUCCAAUGCUUGGAUCAACAGCCGCGAUUCUGACCCAAAUUUGGAUCAGUAUACUCGUUCUAGUUGGUUUUCCAACAAUUUGGCACGUAGGAGGCGCCAGACUGUAUCCCAGCGUUCAAGAGCGCAAUCCACAUCUCAUGACGAACAACAGCAGCCCCUCCCGACAUCAGGGGGGGUGAGUACAGAUCGCCUUGCGCCCCAAAACAACAAUACCGCCACAGUCACAUCUGCUGUUUCUCAACAUGUCCGAAGCAAUGCGGGACCAGAUAGGCCCACAGAUGAAGAAAUGUCUCAUGAACAUCAUCCGCCCAGUCCCCAUUUUCAAGACCAUGAUUAUGAAUCAUCUGACUACACGACGGAUGGAAGCGAAGUCGAUGAGGAGGAACACCAUCUAGAUGAGGUUGUAGAACAUCUGGAUGUUAUCGAUCCCCAAGUCGCCGUCAUAUCCCAUCUUUCGAACGCCGCGAAUUCCAUCAUUAUCCCACGCCUUCCAUUAUAUUCGCGGCGCCCAGUUGUCACCCUCCCCACCUUAACGCCCAGUGCUACCACGGACAGCUUGCCCAUAAAGGAAUCAGUCCAUGCAGAUGCUGAGGCAGAGAAAAGGCGGCUCUUCAAGAGACAUAGGAAGAACGAGGUCGAGCUGAAUGCUCACGUCGAGCACGUCCUCAAGCGACGCGCAAAAUUUCGAAGAGUAUUGAAGGGUUUGUGGGGUUUUUUAAAGACGCCUGCGGGGAUCGUCACUGGAAUUUACAGCUUCUUAUGCGCGUUUUGGGGCGCUGCUAUUGUCUUGUUCCUCGUUAAAUGGAUCAAUCUGCACAACACCCAACAUCAGAAGUUCUGGAUUGAACUUAGCAGUCAAAUAGAGAACGCUUUGUUCACGCUGACAGGCAUUGGACUGCUGCCAUGGAGGGUCGUGGAUACGUAUCUUAUCCUGAAAAUUUGGCAUUACAAGCGAUUAGAUGCGAAGCUGCGCCGACAACAAAGCCUGCCCCCUCUGGAGAACGAAGAUGACUUGCCUGAUCCUGAUUUGGAUCCCAAUUUUAGGCAUGUAUUAACCGAGAGCCAACAAAGAGAUCUGAGACGACAACAGAAGAGGUUUCAGAAAAGUCAAACAUGGUAUCGCCCACAUGCGACCGACACCCACCGCGCAUUCCCAAUAACCACAGCGCUUUGGAUUUGCCUUCUCGUGGAUGGCAAUUCGUUUUUCCAAUGUUUCCUCUGUGGAUGCAUGUGGGGUUUAAACAGGUACAACCGGCCAGCUUGGACCACUGGUUUAUUAAUCCCUGCAUCAUUCUUGUGUGCAAUCGCUGCAGGAAUCAUCAUUGCCAAAGGUGGCAGCAAAACGAAGAAAACCGCGGAAGUGCAUGCACGUCUACUUGAUGCGUUGCAAGAGGCACAGAAAAGACCUCUUGUAGUGGAACCGGCUGAUCUCAAAGAUGAUGAUAUCUCUCGCCCAUCGAAGGGACAGCCAACGACCUUAACGACAUUUGGGGGACACAUAUGA